GACCCCACUGGGUGGGUCGCUUCCACCAUUCCCUUGCCUUCUUCCUCACGAGACUGCCGUUUCCUUCUCUCUCUCUCUUCUCCCUCUGAUAUCUCUCCCUGAACUCGCCGCAGCUGCAGAAUCAGAAUCGGAGGUUCCCUUUCCCUCCCUUUUGAUUUGAAUCAUCUAUCCUCGCAACCAAAUCCCGCUCUGUCUUGCGUGUUUCUAGGAUCUUCUUCCCAGAUCCGGGAAUCUCUCUCGCAGCCUCCAUUUUUGAUUUGUGGUCAUCUGUUGGGUUCUGUGUCCGGCCUACCGCUGCUGCACUGUUUGUUUUCAGUUCAAUCAACGGCUUUAACCGAUUGGUUGCAAGAAAACCCUGAUUCCGUUCCUCGGAUUUGAAAAUUUGAUUUGGGCUUUCUAUUUGAAUUGCGUUGGGUAUGAUUUGCAUUCUCAAUUUUCAACAAUGUGCUUCUGUUUGCGUUGAUUUGGAUCUCGGUUGCUUGUGGAUUCACGUUCUGCGAGCACAUUAUUGGGAUUUGGGCUUUACGUACCUGCUUUGAAUUUCAGUUUUUGACUGGAUCAAGAGUUGGGUUUAUCAAUUUUCAAUGAGGUAGCUAUUUGAGUAUUUGGUAUUGACGCGCUCUUGUUUGUGUUCUGAAUUUGAUUCAAAUGUUCCACAGAUCUAUAACACAUGCUGGUUGGUAUAUUUAUUAGGAUUGAAAUGUUGGAUUUGGAAAAAUGGGAAAGAUCUUGAUUGAUGACGAGUGUUGGGUAUUUUGAGGGAAAUGUGGAUCGAAUCCGAUAUUAGAACCGUAUGAAUUACAGCCAAUUUAUCUGGGUUUUGUGUUGGGAGUUGAAUAGGGUAGCUCUGUUUCUUGUUCUGGAGCCGAGGACUGUGAAGUUGGAUCACCAUGGGCUGCAUUUGUUCAAAAGGAACUUCUGCAAAUGAGUAUGUUGGGAACAAUGCGAGGGACAGAGAAUCCAAACGAUCUUCAAAGCGUUAUAUUGCUUCAUCGAGAAGAGAGGAAGUUGUAGUUGAGGUUGAUAAUGGUGGUAGCGAUGCAACUACAAGGCUUAUAUCAACAGAGCCCACCGUGGAGAAUUUGGCUUCCAUUCCGACUGCAUGGGAUGAGGGGGAGAGGAAGGAUAUCGUUGUUGAAAAACAAGCAAAAUCACAAAUUCAAAAGCAUGCGGCAACAGAUGGCGGGAAGAGUGGGCAAUCACAGAUAUCUCAGGCAUUUAACAUUAGCAAUGGAGUUGAUGGAGCACAAGUUGCUGCUGGGUGGCCAUCCUGGUUGACUGCAGUGGCUGGAGAAGCUAUCAAAGGGUGGGUACCUCGAAAGGCAGACUCAUUUGAGAAAUUGGACAAGAUUGGACAAGGUACUUAUAGCAGUGUGUACAGGGCCCGUGACCUUGAGACUGGUAAAAUUGUUGCUUUAAAGAAGGUCCGUUUUGUUAACAUGGAUCCAGACAGUGUUCGUUUUAUGGCAAGGGAAAUUCUUAUUUUGCGUCGACUUGAUCACCCAAAUGUCAUGAAGCUUGAAGGUCUGGUCACAUCAAGGAUGUCUGGCAAUUUAUACCUUGUAUUUGAAUAUAUGGAGCAUGACCUUGCUGGUCUUGUUGUGUCACCAUUGGUCAAGUUUAGUGAACCACAGAUCAAAUGUUACAUGCAACAGCUACUUCGUGGACUUGAGCACUGCCACAGUCGUGGGGUCUUGCAUCGUGACAUCAAGGGCUCGAAUCUUCUUAUUGAUAACAAAGGAAAUCUCAAGAUUGGUGAUUUUGGGCUGGCAACAUUUUUCCGCUCCAAUGCAAAGCAACCUUUAACAAGUCGUGUUGUAACUUUGUGGUAUCGACCUCCUGAGCUUUUGCUUGGUGCUACAGAUUAUGGAGCUUCUGUUGAUUUAUGGAGUGCUGGCUGCAUUCUUGCUGAACUCUAUGCUGGGAAGCCAAUCAUGCCUGGAAGAACAGAGGUGGAACAACUGCAUAAAAUAUUCAAACUCUGUGGUUCUCCAUCUGAUGUAUACUGGCAAAAAUCAAAAUUGCCUCAUGCAACUAUCUUUAAACCUCAGCAUCCUUACAAACGUUGUGUUGCUGAGACAUUCAAGGACUUCCCUUCUUCAGUUUUAGCUCUUUUGGACGUCCUCCUUGCUGUAGAACCUGAGAGCCGGGGAUCAGCUUCUUCUGCCCUUCAAAGUGAGUUCUUCACAACAAAGCCUCUUCCUUGUGAACCAUCAAGUUUACCCAAGUAUCCACCAAGCAAGGAGUUCAAUGCCAAACUUCGUGAUGAUGAAGCAAGAAGGCAAAGAGAAGCUGCAGGUAAAGGUCAUGUGCGUGAAUCUUACAAGAAAGGCUCCAGAGAAUCUAAAGCAGUGCCGGCACCAGAUGCUAAUGCGGAGCUGCAUGAGUCCAUUCAGAAGCGACUGGGGCAGUCAAAUGCUAAAAGCAAUAGUGAAAAGUUCAAUCGUGAAGAAGAUGGUGGGUCUGGCUUCCGCAUGGAGCCUUCUAGAGGAAUGCAACAAGAUGGUCUCUCACAUUCCGGCCAAUUGGUUCAGCAUGUUGAUUCUGGAUCUUCAACAAAUAAAAGUGAAGAUCUGAUGGGUUCUCAACCAUUUGCUUCAAAGAAUGGUUCAGUUUUGAGGACCCAGAACUCUUUCAGACUUCAGGGAUUAACCCAGUUUUCCAGGUUUUCCAAUUCAGUUGCAGUUAGAGGCAGUUCACGUUUUGAUAUGAGCGGAGGAGCAAAUGCGAACCCGCACUGGCCAGAGGAGCGCCUGAAUGCUCAAUAUGGUCAGCUGGAUGAUGCAGAAUCCUCUGUAAACCAGGAAUGGUCGCAACAUUUGCUCGACGUGCCAAAGUCUCAUUCCAAGGACAAACAAGCACCUGGGAAUGAGUCUACAAUGGCUCAUGCUCCGAAGAAGAAUAGGAUCCAUUACUCUGGACCAUUGCUUCCUCCAGGGGGUAACAUUGAGGAAGUGCUCAAAGAACACGAGAAACAAAUCCAACAUGCUGUCCGCAAAGCACGUGUUGACAAGACCAGAGCCAAGACCAAGAAGAUGUAUGGCGAUAAUGGACAAACUGAGUCGCUACUGCACCAUGGGGUAAAUGGCCGAUGACCUUUCAGAGGAAUUCUAGGACACCUUUACAUGGAUUUUCAGGAAGAUCAGCAGAAUGCUGCUGCUAUCAUGUAAACCAUGGGGAUUUCAGCAAGUUCAUUGCUGGGAGGUAAACCCUGGAUUUCAAGGACGAUUGGCUAUCAUGGAGUCAGGAAAAUCCCCACUCUUAUAGUUUCAACCUUCCAAGAACAUGCAACUGAUGAAGAAAAUUUCGAUGGUCCACGAGCUAGUCGAGGAGGUUGAUAGACUGGUCAUCGAGUUAGAUAGUGAGGUGACUUUUAACUGCUAGAGAUAUUCAUGUACAGCUCAAAGCCAGUUCCAUUUGGCCCAAUUUUGUAUGAUGUACUGAUAUAGAGGCUAAGCCAUUGGUGCAAGUUCCUGGGAAUUUUGCGCCUCAGGCCAUCGUCUGAGUCAUUGCCUGGACAUCCAUUGCACAACACAUUUAUUCUUUAGUCUGCAAAUUCUUUUCUUGUGGCAUUAGUUUGUGGCCUAGGGGAAAAUAUCUUCUCCGCUGGGCAUGAUAUGAACUGUUUCUCAACAAUGAGUCAAAUGACACAUUUCUGCUGCUUCUAA